ACUCUUCCCACCUUCCUCGUUUCGCCACAACACACCGAGGACAUUGAAAGAGCUGGAAUGGAAAUUCUAGUCUCAGUAGCUGAAUCAAUAAUGGGAGAAUAUGUGAUUAAACCCAUUGGACGUCAACUAAGCUAUCUCCUCUGCUACAACAGAAACAAAAACAAGCUCAAAGAGCAGCUCGAAGCUCUCAAGACAGCGCGCAGGGACGUCCAAGGACGAGUCCAACAGGCAAGAAGCAACGCAUAUGUAAUCCGCGAGGAAGUUUCAAAGUGGCUAACUGAUGCAGACAACGCCAUCCAUGAUGAGCUAUCAUCAAAUUCUUCAAACCCAUCAGCCUUUAACUUGAUUGAUAGAUACCACAUAGGCAGAAAAACAAAGAAGAAAAUUGAAGCUCUUCAUGAACUCAUAGCCAAAAGAAUCAACUUUAUGGAAGUGGGCUACCCUGCACCGCUUUUAGAGACUAAGAACAUCGUUGUUCCGGGUGGGUAUCAAGUUUUGGAAUCCAAGAUUUCAAUGGCUAAACAAAUCAAGAAAGCACUUGAAAAGGCAGAGGUUAGCAGGGUUGGUGUUUAUGGCAUGGGAGGCGUUGGAAAAACUUACUUGCUUAAUGAAGUUAAGAAGAUGGUUUUGGAAGAAAAAGUGUUUGAUCGAGUGAUUGAAGUGUGUGUAGGCCAAUCAAAUGGAGUUAUACAGAUUCAAGAACAAAUUGGAGAUGUUUUGAAUGUAAGAUUACCAAAGAGUAAGGAGGGAAGAGCUUCUUUUAUAAGGAACAAUUUGGUUAAAAUGGAAGGGAAUGUUCUUAUUAUAUUGGAUGAUUUGUGGAAGGAAUAUGAUCUUAUAAAAGAGAUUGGAAUUCCUUGUUCUUCAUGUAAAAUGCUUAUGACGAGUCGAUCACAGGAUAUAUUGAUGAACAACAUGAACACAACAGUGUGUUUUCAGGUGAAUUCUUUAAGCGAAGAGGAGUCAUGGAAGUUCUUCACAGCUAUCAUUGGUGAUGAGUUUGAUACCCCUGAUAUGGAGAAUUUGGCUAAGAUGGUAGCAAGAGAAUGUGGAGGGCUACCUCUUGCGCUUGAUACCAUUGCCAAGGCAUUGAAAGGGAAGCAUAUGAACCAUUGGAAGGAUGCUUUGAGCAAAUUAAGAAACUCCAUUGGAAUGGAUAUCAAAGGAGUUAGUCACAAAGUUUAUGCUUCAUUGAGAUUGAGCUAUGAUCAUUUAGUUGGAGAAGAACCCAAGUUAAUGUUCCUUUUAUGCAGUGUUUUUCCAGAUAAUUACAAGAUUUCUUUGAAUGAUUUGCAAAUGUAUGCAAUGGGUAUGAGAUUAUUGAGAAAAGUAAACACUUGGGAGGAUGUGAAGAACAGAGUAAUGAAAUUGGUUCAUGAUCUUAAAUCUUGUUCUUUACUUCUUGAUGCGGAUGAACAUUCAAGAGACACAUAUGUUAGCAUGCAUGAUGUUGUUCGUGAUGUUGCUAUACACAUUGCAUCAAUGGAGGGUAUCAUGACAACAAUGAGCUUUGGAUCUAAGCUUAGUGAUUGGGAAGAUGAGUAUCAAAGUGGAGCUUAUCGUGCUAUCUUUGUAAACUGUGAUAACUUUCAAAAACUUCCCCAAAACUUGAACUUUCCUGAUCUUGAGCUCUUGAUAUUAAGAUCAUCAAAUGGGUUUGUGGGAAAUCUUGAAAUUCCAUAUGGGUUUUUUGCAGGAAUGGAAAAGAUUAAAGCUUUGGACAUAACAGGGAUGAGUUUCCUCCAAACUUCUUGGAGAUUAUUUAAGAACAUUCGAACAUUAUGUCUGUUACGCUGUGAAUUCAAUCCUAUUGACACAAUUAGUGAGCUGAAGAACUUGGAGAUUUUAAGGAUUUGUAGCUGCAACAAGCUAGAUCAUUUACCUGUGACUAUGAAUCAAUUAACAGAACUUAAGGUACUCGAAGUGUUAAAUUGCUCGAACUUGGAGGUGUUUCCUGCAAAUAUUAUUUCAAGUAUGAACAAACUAGAAGUGUUGAAAUUACGCGACAGCUUUGAUAGAUGGGGAGAAGAAGUAUGGUACAAAGAUGAACUGAUUAUGAACAUCAAACUUUCUGAACUGAAUUGUCUGCCACGGCUUUCAAGUUUAAGAUUAGAGAGCUCAAAUGUCAAAAUUCUGUCGGAGAUAACCUCGGAAACAUCAAACAAGUUGAAAGAAUUCUGGGUUUGUGUUAAUGAAUCAGACGAUUUUAUUCUCCCCUUUAUUUCUUACGAAUAUGCAACAACUAUGAUUCUUAGUAUAGAAUCCCAAACUGCCAUUGAUGGAGGGCUUGAAACACUUUUGAAAAGAUCUGAACGAUUGGUUCUAAGCGAUUCAGUGGGUCGUUUUAUAAACGAAAUGUUCAAUCCAAUUAGAAAUGGGUAUCCAUUUUUGAAGUAUCUAUGGAUAAUUGAUGAACAUGGAUACUCAAAUUUGCCGUAUCUGUUCAGAUCUGACUUCAAUUCCUUGGAGUUCUUGACUGUUUAUGGAAUGAAGAGAUUGAUGAAUUUAUCUCCCAGGAAUUCGCCAAUCCUUCCUUUUAAAAAGCUUAAAUCCAUAUCAAUUCAAUCAUGUGGGGAGAUCAGAAAUCUGUUCUCAAUCUCUGUUCUUAAAGCGGUUUCAAAUCUUCAAGAGAUUUCUGUGACGGAUUGUGGCAUGAUGGAUGAGAUUAUAUCCAUAGAAACUGAAGAACAGAGCAGCAUUUGUAGUAUAACCUCUUUAACACUUGAAAAAGUGAAUAAACUUGCGAGUUUCUGUACCAAAUUGUUCAUCCAAGAAGACCCACAAAGUAAAAUCCCCUGUUUUGAUCAACGGGUUUCAUUUCCUGAAUUGAAGCAUUUAUCAAUCACUAAAGGAAACAAUUUGGAGACAUUAUGGCAUAGUGAUGGGUUGGCUUCAAAUUCCUUCGGCAAACUCCAAACGGUGAGAAUUGAAGGCUGCAAGCGAUUAAGAUGCAUGUUUCCAUCGAACACAAGCGCUAGGUUCGACAGUUUGGAGAGGAUCGAGGUGAGAAAAUGUGAGAAUUUGAAUCGAUUACUGCCAUCAUCGAUUCUGUUCUUGAGCUUGAAUGAGCUGAGCGUGGAGAAAUGUAAUGGAAUGAUGAGUUUGUUUAGCGCGACUGUGGCGAAAGGGCUGGUGAAUCUUAGGUCGAUUAAGGUGCGUUGUUGUAGAGGGAUGAGGUGCGUGGUUGCGGCGGGGGAAGAACAGGGUGGUGUAGUUUUUGGGAAAUUGAAGACGGUGGAGUUGGAUUUGUUGCCUGAAUUGGGGAGUUUUUAUUGUGGGAAAUGUAGGAUUGAGUUCCCAAGAUUGGAGUGUUUGAUCAUUGGACGAUGCCCUGAGAUGAAGGCGUUUUCGUAUGGUGUUGUUGUGACGCCCAGAUUGGAUAGCAUUUUGAUGGAUGGGGCUGAAUUUGGAGUGGCGGCGGCCGGUGGUGUGAAUGAAACUAUCCAGAACUUCAGGAGAUAAAUGAUGAGGCCUAAAUAGAGCGAUCGAGGCAAGGACUGUUGGACUAGAUCGAAGUUUUAUAUUUCUUUGACUUGAUGUAUUUAUGAACUCAAAGUUUUCUGUGUUUGUUGUUGGUAUAUUUUGUAAAUUAUCUGGUUGCGCUUUAAAUACUUAAAUGUAUUUGUUUAUUUUAAAUCAGUUGUUCAAUUGGAUGGU